AUGCGCGUUCGCAAGGAGAAAGGUACGUGGCGCAAGAAGGAGGCAGACUCGUUCGAGGCGUGCAUGGAUGAAGGUGUGGGCCAAGAGGAGCGGGGUGAGCGUUUUUCGACCGGAGAAAAGGCGCAGCGUCAUUAUGAGCAAGCGUUUGCAUUUUAUGCACGCGCGAUAGAAUAUGCGCCGCAGUCCGUCGACGCGCUAUACAAUGCGGCACGAGUGCAAUAUGUGUUAGGCACCGAGUUCUUGUCGCCGUCCGCUGCUGACAAUGCAUUAUGCACCGCUGUUCACUUGUACGUGGAUGCAUUGCGAUGUGCGCCACAUGUACACGAUGGUAUACCCGACGCCUCGCGGCUCGACGUCAUGUCAAAUUGUGCGAGUGCUCUCCAGGCGCUCGGAGAACUGUACUACGAAUUUGGGCUUGGGCCUACCGAUCUUUCGCCGGCGCUCCGUGCACUGAGCGAGCUUACCCAGCAGCACUUGCCCAGCACGGCGCCUACGCCUACGCCUUUUCUUCUGUAUACUCAGGCACUCCACUUGCUUCACGAAACAGCUCAAGGGCAAACUGCCGUGCUCUCCGCACAAGUACCAAUGGGCGAAAGCGGCACAUCUGUUCCCAGCAUGCCCUCUUCGCCUGUGCCGGACACGAGUGGGUUUGCGGACGCAUUUACAUCUUCCCUCGUCGCACCUUCAUCUUUGCUCGAGACGUACAGCGAGGAGCUGGCAUGCGUGGCUGCCCUUCUCGGUGAGGCAGAAGAUGCCAAUGCCAUUGCACAUUUUGUUCAUGAGGCACAGCGGAUACAAGCGAGCGUAGAUGCGUUUAUCGCUUCACUUCCCCCUGGGUUCGGCGCUUCUCAGAGCCCUGAGGAAGAAUGGGAUCAUCAGUGUAUGGCAUUGACCAUGGCUGCGAUUGUUGUGCGUGUUGCGGCCGUGCAGCGCGCAUCGGAAGUCGCUGCUGCGGGUGCAGUACCAUGGCCUUCCGAGGCCGCCGAUGCACUAACGCUCGACGCUGUAGAGCAAGAGGUCUCGCAGCGCGCUACCGCAUUGCUUGCCAUCGCGCCGCCGCCACAGUCUCUCACCGCGGUGCGUGGAGCGCGGCAGCGCGAAGAAGAAACGAUUGUAUCGUAUAUUUGCGACAUUGGAGACCACGCACACGCAUUGGCAGGCAUCCGUAUCCGUCAAGGGGCACCUUCCAAUGCCGCGCUGGUCUGGGAGCAUUGUGCAUUGGCCGUAAAGUGUCUUAAUACGGCCGCUGCUGCAUUUGAGCCGCUUGGAAAAGGACCAAGCUCGACGACAGUAAGCAAUGCUGCAAGCGCUUCAAUUCCGUACGCGCCGCUGGAAUGGGUUCCGUACGAACAAUCCACGUCACUAGUACAGGGCGCGACAAAUAUGUCCAAUACCAUCUCGCGUGCAAGAGCGUCCAUCUACGCUUCGCUUGCGUCUGCCGCACUGACAAGAACCGAUGCUUGGCUCGUCGCCCAUUGGCAGCCUGCAAGGGAGAGCAGAGACAAACUGACGGCAAACGCACGCAUCUAUGCCCGCCGCGCGUUGGCUGACCAGGGUAUGCAGUGGGUAUUCCAUGUGACAAGCCCACGGGAGGGACAGCCUAUGCUCUAUGGACGCGCGCGUGGACAUUUGCCGCCAAGUGGUGGAUGGGAAGCAUUGGUGCGCGAUGCCGAGUUUCUAUUAUUAUGUGUGCGCGCAGUCUAUUUGCGUGGUGUCUACUUGGCCGAGCAAGGCGGGGAUAGCACAUCUAUCCAAGCAGAGCUCAAUGCAUUGGGCGGCGCAGUGUGGUCCCUUUUGCAUCUUGCAUCGCCCAACCCGUGGCAGCCGGCGUUGGUACCAGAGGAUAGUCUCAGGCGCAUGCUCGAAGCGCAAGAUGACCCCGCGCUAUCUGAACAGGAGUCGGAAUUUUGGCAUCGUACCUGGAUCCCCGCCAUGCAGAGCCCAUACCAUUACCCCGGCCUUGCGCCUCCACGGUAG